UUCUCUCUCUUCUUCUCUUCUUUUCUCUUCUCUUUCUUACCAUUCUUCUCUAUUCUUUCUCAGGGAACAUCUGGAGAUUUAGCUUUAGACAGAAUUCAGGAAUUCAGUUGUAAUCGCCAAUUCUUUGAUAGUUGAUAAUAAAAUUCCCAAUUUCUUGCCAAUUCCCAAUUGUUUGAUUAAGUACAUAACACAUGGCCUGUCCACUACACAUUUUCUUAGGAAAAGAGAUGGAGUGUAAGAAAGAGUGGUGUGUCUUUCAGUUCUUUUCACCUUUUGACAUCCCCGAUUUUCUUGCAAUCAAAAAAAUAUAUGGGACCAAGGCUUUUGGCCGGAUGUUAUCUAGGGUGGUACCGGACGAAAGGAAGGCGGAGGCCAUACGAUGCAUCACCGAGGAAGCGCGAUGUCGCAUUCGAGACCCAGUUGGCGGCGCGUUCAGAGAGAUGGAACUUCUGAAAAUGGCUAAACCAACCAGCACGCAUUCUAGCGUAAAUUCCUAUCAUCAAGAACUCAUUCUUGGCGCUGGGUUUACCGAAAGAAUCGGUGUGAGAGCUCCGGUGGAAACCACUGAACAAGCUGGAGUUGAUGCUGCUGCAAAAGUUGAAGGUCCUGUCGUUAUUGUCACAGAAGCUUCUAGAGGAAUCGGCAAGGCAAUUGCUUUGGCUUUGGGAAAGGCUGGUUGUAAGGUCCUAGUUAACUAUGCAAUAUCUUCAAAGGACGCAGAAGAAGUUUCCAAAGAGAUUGAAGCAUGUGGUGGCGAAGCCUUUACUUUUGUAGGCAACGUUUCAAAACAAGAAGAUGUAGAAUCUAUGAUAAAAACUGUGGUUGGUCGAUGGGGAACAGUUGAUAUCUUGAUAAAUAAUGCAGGUGUCACGCGUGAUACCUUGUUGAUGAGAAUGAAUCAGUCUCAGUGGCAGGAGGUUAUUGAGUUUAGUCUGACAGGAGUUUUUCUCUGCACACAGGCUGCAGCUAAAAUCAUGAUGAAAAAGAAAAAGGGAAGAAUCAUCAACAUAUCUCCCGUGGUUGGUUUAGUUGGCAAUGCUGGACAAGACACUGCUAAAGCAGGAGUCAUUGGCUUAACCAAGAGUGUUGCAAAGGAAUAUGCCAGCUGGAAUAUCACCGUUAAUGUUGUUGCCCCUGGAUUCAUUGCAUCGGAUAUGUCUGCCAAGCUAAGUGAAGACAUUGAAGAGGAAAUUUCGCAAAGUGUUCCCUUAGGACGUUGUGGUCAACCAGAAGAAGUUGCUGGACUUGUGGAAUUCCUGGCACUCAAUCCUGCAGCCAGUUAUAUUACUGGACAGGUUUUGAACAUCGACGGGGGGAUGGUUAUGUAACAAAAUUCCACAUGUUGUUUGCUCAUAGAGAAGGAUUGAAAGGGUGAUCAUCUAUGGUAUACCCUGGCUGUAGCCUCAGACUGUAAAUUUUGUUAUUGCUUGCAUGUAGAUGUCAAAGCAUUCAUGUGCUUUCAAGGAAGAGUAUUGUUUUUUGCUAGAGAGGUGGAGAUUGAUAAAUCAAUGGGAUUGCUACAAUUACAUAUGAAAGUUUCUAACCCCCUAAUAUCCCUAUAUCAUGCAGAUAAAUUUUUUAGUCGAAGUG